CUUGACCACCCACCCCCACCCCCGCGCGCGCAGGCACAGGCAUACACAUGAACGGCGGACUCUCGGCGCUGAACUGCUAUCGCCCGGGGAGCAGCACGGACCUGGACGACGACGGGGGCACGCGCACGCCGCUGCCGGAGGCAAGUACAAGCGGGCGGAAGCGGGGCCCCGCGGCGGCGCACCCGCAGGAGAACGUGUGGCCCCCAUGGCCGCCUAGGAACGAGUCCGAGCUCGACAAGGCCGCUCGCCUGGAGGAGGAGCGGGAGGCGAAGCGCGUGUCCGACGCGAUCGACCGCGCCCUCGAGUCGGAGCGGCAGGCCCUGCGCCGCCCGCGCCGCGGAGACAUGAAGCUGCUGCUACUAGGCCAGUCGGAGUCGGGCAAGUCGACGCUCCUGAAGAACUUCCAGAUCCAGUUCGCGCCCGCCGCGCUCCGCGCGGAGAGCGCGGCGUGGCGCGCAGUCGUCCAUCUCAACCUCGUGCGCGCGGUGAACUUCAUGCUCGACGUGCUGACGCAGCCGUCCGCGGCGCCCGCGCCCGGGCUGAUGCAGGCGGGCGACGCGAGCCCCACGGUGACCGCGUUCUCGCAUCGGAUAUCGAUGACCCCGCAGCCGAACAGCGACCUACGGCGGUUCAAGCUCGCGCUGUCGCCCCUUCGGCAGGUCGAGAUGAUCCUCGCGCGACACUUGUCCGCGGAUGAGGCCUCUGGGGCGGUUCCGGGUGAGAAGGACGCCCCGGCGGUGCACCGGAGACGGGCGGGGGAGGUGACUAUUCGCGGUGGACAUACGUGGAAAGCGCUGCUCCAGCAGAAGCAGGAGCCGGAGGAGGGGCGGAGUAGGUAUUCGGAGGGGCUCGCGGACGACAUGGAGAACGCGCGGUAUAUUCUGGACGCAUGUCGGAAGGACGUCGUCGCGAUGUGGACAAGCACGGCCGUGCAAGGCGCGCUGCGGGAGGAAGGCGUGCUCGUGGAGGACCAGGCGCAUUUCUUUUUGGACCAUGCGGAGCGGGUGAUGCAGAGCAGCUACGAGCCCACGUUUGAUGACAUACUGCGCGCACGACUGCAGACGAUGGGUGUAGAGGAGCAUCAUCUUAUCAUGGAGACCGGGGCGGAGAACGGUCAGCAUUGGAUUUUCUACGAUGUAGGCGGAGCCCGUGGGCAGAGAGAGUCGUGGGUUCCAUUCUUCGACCACGUGAACGCGAUAAUUUUCCUCUGCUCGACCGCGGGAUUCAAUGAGGUUCUGGUUGAAGACCGAGCCAUCAACCGCCUGAUGGAUUCCUUCAACGCCUGGAAGACGGUUUGCUCAAGCCCGCUCCUCGCAUCUGUUCAGUUCAUCCUGCUACUGAACAAGACCGAUCUCUUGGACGCUCGACUCAAAUCCGGCAUGCAGUUCUCCACUUAUGUGGAGAGCUACAAGGGCGAGAACGAUUCGGAGCACGUUACUGACUACCUGAAACGAAAGCUUGCUGCUAUCCACCGGCACCAUUCGCCACAGCAGCGGAAACUGCAUGUGCAUUGUACAUGUGCCAUCGACAUCGACAACACGUCCCCUAUAUUGAUGCGCAUACGGGACACCAUCCUGGUUAAUCAUCUCGCUGCGGUACAGCUGAUAUGAAGCAUCCGGCAGUCACUGUGGACCAUCGGUUUAUCGUGCGCAAUAUUCGGUGCACGUGUAUCACUAGUAAACCGCCUGUAUCGUUGUAGGCCCCUUCUUCUUUUUUAUCGGACUAGCACAUCAUCCUGCCUAUGCCACGGACUAUCAUCCGGAAUUUCGCUUAUAAUACUCGCCAGCCUGGCAGUGAGCCUUGCAGUUUUGGGGCCUGAAGUUUUGAAGCUUUAACUAAGAUUUGUAUAGUAG